ACGAGAACCAGAAUUUAUCAGCUUUUAAACUACAUAUAUAUAAAGAGUACACACAAUGGCCACUGACUCAGGCUACGGUGGCCCGCAAAGCUAUGGUUCAUAUAGUGGAGGUCAGCAAGGCGGGCAGGGUUAUGGACAAGGAAAUAGUGGCAGCUCCUAUGGAGGACAGAAUUAUAGUGGCUUUGGACAGCAAGAAAAUUAUGGCCAGUCUCAGCAACCGAGCUAUAAUAACUAUGGACAAGAGUCCUCUGGAUAUGGUGACAAGCCCUCCUAUGGGCAGCAAGGAUCUGGGUCUUAUGGACAGCAAGGCUCCUACAGUGGUCAGGGGCAAGGUGGAGACAGUUAUGGACAGGGACAGGGCGGUGGUGGUGGUGGUAGUAGCGGAUACAGUGGCCAGAGUGGUGGCAGCGGUGGAUACGGAGGCCAAGGGCAAGGAGGAGGUGGUGGCGGUGGAUAUGGACGAUGGAAUGAAGGUGGUGAAGGUGGUGGUCAGGGUGGGAGGUUUGGGCGUGACUAUGGAGACCGUUCAGAAGGAGGAGGCUACAGAGGCAGAGGCCGUGGCGGCAGUGGCUAUGACCGCAGUGGUGGAUAUGAUCGUGGCGGAAGAGGCGGACCUCCUGGUAUGGGAGGUGGUGACCGUGGUGGCUACAAAAAUUACGGUGGAUCUCGAGACUACGGCUCAAGGGAUGAACCAGCUGGAGAGCAGGACAACUCUGACAACAACACCAUUUUUGUACAGGGACUUGGAGAAGAUGUCACAGUUCAGGAAGUUGGAGACUUCUUCAAGCAGAUUGGCAUCAUUAAGGUGAAUAAGAAGACUGGCCAACCAAUGAUAAACAUCUACUCUGACAAAGCCACUGGGCGACCAAAGGGUGAAGCUACAGUGUCCUUUGAUGACCCUCCAUCAGCCAAAGCUGCUAUUGAUUGGUUUGAUGGAAAGGAUUUCAACGGCAAACCCAUCAAAGUAUCAUUCGCCACCCGCAGAGCUGAGUUCACACAGAGGGGUGGUGGUGGUGGUGGUGGCGGCGGCGGUGGCGGCAGAGGGGGGCGAGGAGGUUUCAGAGGUCGUGGUGGUGGUGGACCCAACUUUGACAUUAAAGGAGGAGACUGGCCUUGUCCCAACAGCUCUUGCGGCAACAUGAAUUUUGCCCGGCGGCAGGAGUGUAACAAGUGUGGUGCACCCAAACCAGGAGAUGGAGGAUUUGGAGGUGGAGAUCGUGGAGGCAGAGGCGGAUAUGGAGGCGACAGAGGCGGUGGCUUUAGAGGGCGUGGAAGUUUCCGCGGGGGUGACCGCGGAGGAUUUGGAGGUGGCGGCUACAAAAUGGGAGGAAGAGGUGACCGCAGGGACGACAGAAGAGACCGGCCGUACUGAGUGCUCCAAAGAAGAAAACCAUUCCAGCCCCUAACUUUGCCGUGGACGGAGGAUUUAGAUUGGAGGACUAACUGGGUGUAGGAGAGGGGAGGGUGUAGAUGAGACGGAUGUGAUUUUUGUCUACUGUAGCUGGUGCAUCCUAAGUAUUACUGUUCUUCUGUGAUUCAGGGAUGUGUUGAGCUUAUGUAAAGGGGCUGAUUGGCACCUGUAGGCAUGUGGUCUUUUGUUUUGUUUUUUUUCUCCCCUUUUUGUUUUUUGUUUUUAUUUCUUUGUACAUCUUUUUAAUUUUCUGUCAGAUUCUAGUUGCUGAUGUUAUGUGAGGUAGACUUCAUACCAUUGUUUUGUAUAAACGGAAUAAAAUGUUUUACUUGGUUUCCUUUUUUUUUUUUUUUGUUUCCAAAAUUAUAUUAAACUGUGAUCUUUU